AAUAAAUUUGAUAUAAAUUGUGGUGCUCAUAUUUUUAGUCCAACACGUCAAAAAUGGGAUAACAUAGAAAAGAAAUACUUGGAUUUUAUUAAGAGUAUUAAUAAUCCAAUAUUACGACACAUUUUUUUUUAUUUUGUACAUUAUUAUAUAGAAGGGCAUGAUUAUUAUCAUAAUAGUGAUCCUUCUCACAGAAGCGGAGCUUGCCAUUAUCUCAUGCAUUGGUUACAAGAAAAAAAAGAUUUAUUCACGUAUGGUGGGACGUGUACAAUAAACCGAAGGUUGUGGGAAGUUAAUUUUAAUAAGCUGUGGGAAUUGAUAACAUAUGAAGGUCAUUACAAUAUUGUAAAAAAUAAAAAUAUAAUGAAGCCAUGGUGCGAAUAUUAUAGCUUGAACAAAUACACAAUUUAUCCUAGUGAAGUGAACUUUUCUGAUUGUGACAAAAUCAUUUCUCAAAAAAUUGAUUGCAGUUUCCUAUCUCUUCCACCAUAUGAAAAGGAAUGCAAU